AUGCGUGCCAGGACUGGCAUGCCGUAUUCUCAGAGGUGGAGGAAUUGGAGUCGGAUCGCUGAUGUAUGCCGGGAUGGGCGUCGAAGCGUCGAGCGCGCGGCUAUAAAGUGCUUCAAUCUGCUGAAUCCAAAUUUCUAUGUGACCUGGUACUGGACAAGGACGGGAACUUGA